AUGGCUUACAUUGGUAAUAAAUGGGCUAAGAAGCGGGAGUGUAUAUCGAUACAUAUAGGACAAGCGGGCGUUCAAAUGGGCAACGCCUGCUGGGAACUCUACUGCCUUGAACAUGGGAUUCAUCCUGACGGCCAGAUGCCCAGUGAUAAAACGAUCGAUAAGGAAGACGAUUCUUUCAAUACAUUUUUUUCCGAGAGUGAUAGUGGAAAAGAAAUAAUCGAUUUGACAAUAGACCGAAUUCGGAGAAUAACAGAACAAUGCCGAGGUCUCCAAGGAUUUCUUAUUUUUCAUUCAUUCGGUGGUGGAACAGGUUCAGGCUUCUCAAGUUUACUUAUGGAACAAUUAUCCGUGGAGUAUCCUAAGCGAAGUAAAUUGUCUUUCAGUAUCUACCCCGCACCUCAAGUCUCUACGGCGGUGGUUGAGCCAUACAAUGCUAUACUUUACACACACCCUACCCUUGAACACUGCGAGGUCGCUUUUAUUGUCGAUAACCAGGCGAUAUACGAAUUGUGCAGACGUAAUUUGAGUAUCGACAGACCGACUUACACAAAUUUGAAUAGAUUAAUUGGUCAAAUAGUUUCUUCAAUUACAGCAAGUCUUCGAUUCGAUGGAGCUUUGAACGUUGAUCUUACAGAAUUCCAAACUAACUUAGUUCCUUACCCGCGUAUACAUUUUCCUCUCGCCACGUAUGCGCCGGUUUUAUCAGGAGACAAAGCUGGACAUGAACGAUCGACGGUUGCCGACAUUACGACUUCAUGUUUUGAACCAAAUCACCAAAUGGUUAAUUGUGAUCCUAGAAAAGGAAAAUACAUGGCUGUUUGCAUGCUUUAUCGCGGAGACGUUGUUCCUAAAGAUGUAAAUGCAGCGAUUGCUAUGAUUAAACGGCAAAAGCAUGUUCAGUUUGUGGAAUGGUCUCCUACGGGCUUCAAAGUAGGAAUAAAUUAUCAACCACCUACAGUUGUGCCAGGAGGUGAUUUAGCAAAAACAGAAAGGGCAGUCUGUUGUCUUUGUAAUACAACUGCGAUUGUCGAGGCUUGGGCUAGAAUUGAUCAUAAAUUUGAUUUGAUGUUCGUUGGUGAAGGGAUGGAAGAAGGUGAAUUUGCCGAAGCAAGAGAAGAUUUAGCUGCUCUUGAACUUGACUAUCGUGAAGUUCAAGAGGACGCCGUUAAUACUGAAGAAGAUGAAGAAUAUUGA